UGAUAUAAUUUUGCAUGUCUUGCUUACAGAAAAUGUCAGGUAUUUGGAAUAUUUCUCUUUCGGAGUCAGUCCCGUCACCGACAACUGCAAACGAUUCCAUAGUUAGCUCUCAUUCUCCCAUCUACGGGCAAAUGGAAAACUCAAGCUCUGACAAUAUUAGCGAACCUAAUGUGACCCCGGACAUUUCGCCCUCUAGUUUCAAUGCUGGCCGACCACCAUUCAGAGAUUCUUCGCCUCCAACAUUGGAUUUAACAGAUGACGGUUGGCAGCUCGCGCUGGAAGAAUCGCUGCGCAAUGAGCUCAUAGAAGCCGAAAUAGCCAGCAUUCGACUUUUCUGUGAGGACGUUGAAAAUAAUUUAGCUGAAGCUGGCUUGGGACCCGAGGGUAACAAUUCAGUACCAAGAAACAUUAUUGGACGCAGGAAUAGUAUACCCGAAACCAGCAACCAACCCGUAGAUUUAAUUGAUCUGUCAAACAUUGAAUUUAAUCCGAUUCCCCGAUCUGCAAGAAGUCUUGCUCCAGAUGCUAUCAUAGAUCUAUGCUCACCAGAGCCAAGACGCCAACUUCCAACAUACAUUAAUCUAGCGGAUUCUAAUGAACCACAAUCCUGUGUCAGCCGGCGUCGGUUAUUAAAUACGUCCAGCGACCAGCCCGUAGUUGUCGAGGACGUUAAAGGAGUUGGUGUCUCUCCGCCAAAGCAAAGGCAUGUUGAGAAAACUGAGCCAUGCGAUGAAUCGUAUAAAUGCCCGGUUUGCUUGGAUAGCGUGCGUAAGCGUGAACCUUCUUCGACUCGCUGCGGUCACAUAUUUUGUAAAAACUGCAUCCUAACUGCCGUACAGUCAACUCACAAGUGUCCUCUAUGUAACAAGAAAGUCACCCAGCGUUCCAUAUUUCGUAUUUAUCUUUAAGACGUUCCUCCAUCAUUUAUUAUGGAUUUGAUUUGACUUGUCGAAUCAUGGUAUUAUUACUUCAUUCUGAGAUAUUUUAGCUGUAAGAAAAUUGAUGCAUUUGUUCUUUUGUUCAUUAUCGAAUGUAAUUAAUGAACAAUGAAAAAAUGCUAUAAUAAAACA